AUGGAAGGUCCGUUGUCGAAAUGGACGAACAUGGUUCACGGUUGGCAAUACCGUUGGUUCAAAUUGGACGGCGACGUUUUGCUUUAUUACACUUCGCGUGAUAAAAUGAACAAAAGCCAACAGAGAGGUUGGAUUUUGACGAAAAAAUGAAAAGAUUUUAUCGAGAAAUGAUAGAAAAAAAUGUGAUAAAAAAACGUGGGAAAAUUGAAAAAAAUGACCGGUAUUAUCAGAAAAAAAGCUGGAAAAAAAUCUUUUUUUCUGAUUUUUUUCGGGAGUACGCGAUCAAUUUUUUUGAAAUUAAACCGCAAUUACAAAGAUUCUAGAUUUCUUAAAUUCGGCGCUAGUAUAAAAAUAUUAUUUUUAAAAAGUUUUUAAGCUCAUUUUUUUGUUAAGAAUUUCAAAUUUAUUCAAGGUUUUUGGGAUGGGAAUUUUUUUAUUUUUCCACUCUCACGUUGUUAAAUUGUUCAAAGAGCCUGUUUCUAUAGCUAAUAUCGGCCAAAUAUCAGUAAUAAUUUGGAAAGGAAUGUUUUUUUCUUUUGUAUUAUUUGCUGAAACUUCAGAAUUUUUAAGAAAUUCGUCUGAAAAUUUUGAAAAAUUUCGAAUUUUAAUUGUCGUUUUAAGGCUAUAAUAGUGAUUACUACAUAAUCAAAACAAAUAUUUUUAAUUUUAUCUUUUUUUUUAUCGAAAAAAAUCGAAAAAAAAAGAUUUUUCACCCUUUCCAGCUGAUUUUUAGCGUUAAAAAUGGUUCAAUUCGAUAUUUCACCACAAAAUUGACGUUUCUUUUUUUAAUUUCACAAUCUUGAAUAUUAAAUUUAUGUGAAUUUCAGGAUGUAUGCGUCUUCAAGGCGCCGUCGUCGGCAUCGACGGCGAAAAUCACAGUCUUUUCACUGUCACCGUCGAUGGAAAGACCUUCCAUUUACAGGUGCCUUUCCUAUUCUUCCACUGAAUUUUUUUUUCGAAAGUCAUUUUUGUUUUACUCGAAACGGCCGAGCUUAAGUCAAAAAAAUAAGGUGGGGUAUUGAAAAACUGGAAAAUUGUCUUUGAAGGGAAGGAAAAUCGAAAAAAAGCAUUUUUUUAUCACAAUUUUUUUAAUUGUAAAAAUGGUUUUUUUACAGAUUUUCAGAACCCAUAAUUUUUUUGGGAACUUCUCAUUUUUUUCUAAGAAAUUUUAUCUAGAAAUUGGAUUUUUUUAAAAUAACUUUUUAGCUUCUUUUUCAAAAAGAAGAUAUAAUAGACUAUUUUUAUAAAAAUUGCCUUUUUCCAUUUUUUUAAUGUUAUAAUUAUGUUUGGAUAAAAUCUCAAUUCAACCAGAGUUUUUAGGAAAAUUAAAAAUUUCCCGAUUUUUUUGAAAAAAAUUUCGGAAAAAAAUGAAUUUUCAUCAAAACGACUUAAUUUUUUUGAAUUUUCACGUUUUUCGCGCGCCCAUUUUACAAGUUUUUUUAUUCAUUUCUAUAUUUUUUUCGAAUUCUUGUUUUUUUCCCUUUUUUUCUUUAUUAUAUUUUUUUCUCUAUUUAUUUUUCAGGUCUUUUUUUCGAUUUCAUCCAUCUCUCUCAUUGUAAUUUCCUAUAUAAGUCACACUUCUGAAUGUUUUUAAAAAAAUGUAUUUUUCGAUUUUUCUUCAAAAAAAUAACCUUUUCAGUAAGAUUCUGGGAUCAAUAUAGUUUUAUUUUUCUUUUUUCUGGAUCAAUUUUAGGAUCGCCUCCAUUAAUCCUAUUGUAAUUCUCUAUAGUAGUCACUUUUUUUCAAACUAUUCAAAAAUUAAUUUUUUUCAACUUCAUAUCGAAAAUGAGCUCCGGAAUAAGAUUCUACUUUCAAUUUUUCUUCGUUACUCUCAUUUUUAGCUUAUUUUUCUAAAUUCAGUCGCUCCAAUAAUUGUAUUUCCUCAUAUUAGUCACUUUUACUAAUUUUUAAAACAUUAAUUUUUUUGAUUUUAUUCGAAAAAUAUAUUCCGCAAAGGUUUCUAAUAUCGGUUUUGCUUCAAAUCUUUUUUUCUGGCUCGUUUUUUCGAUUUCAUCCUUUUUACAUGAUAGUACUUUUUUUAUAUUAGCCGCUUUUUCCGGAUUUUUUUAAAAAUCAAUUUUUCAACUUUAUAUCGAUAAAACGGCUCCGGAAUAGUUUCUGCAUGCAUUUUUGUUUCAUUUAUCAUUUCUAGCCCAUUUUUUCAAUCUCAUCCAUUAACCCUAUUGUAAAUCUCAAUAUUGGUCACGUUUCCGGAUGUUUUCUACAUGUUUUUUUUUUCCUACGGAAAGGUCCAGAAUUCACUCACGUGCCGUUUUUUUCCCGCCUUCUUUUUUUGCACUUGUGCCUUUGAGUGAGUGAAAUGCGCGAAUGUGCUAUUCAAUUUCGCCUCUUUUAUAGCGAGAAAAAAGCCGGCUUUCAUUCAUUUAUCCCCUGGAAAAUUAUGGGAUUUGCUUUUAAUAGCCGAAAAAAGAAAGUGAAAAAUGAUGAUUAUAAGGUUCUGAAGGGUUAUAAAUGAAGCUGGAUUUGUGGAUUUUAGAAAAAAAAUUGGGGUUUCAACUUAAUUUUUUUGUUGAUGGAGAAAAUCUUGAGCUUGGUUAGGGCUUUAAGUGGUCACUUUAGGGAUUUUAAAUAUAUUUUUUUAAGGAUUUCCGUUUAAAAAUAGGGCUAGAAUAGAUUUGAUUCGUUGAUUUUUAUGAGAUUUUAGAAAAAAACUGGAUUUAAACUUAAUUUUUUUUGUUGAUGGAGAAAAUCUUGAGCUUGGUUAGGGCUUUAAGUGGUCUCUUUAGGGAUUUUAAAGAUUUUUUUUAAGGAUUUCCGUUUAAAAAUAGGGCUAGAACAGAUUGCAAAAAAAAAAUUUUUUUCAAAAAUUGGAAAUUUUCCCUCGAAAAAUAAUUAAAUUCUGUCCUCUUGUUAGAAAAGUGGUCACUUAAGUAGAUUUGAAAAGAAUAUUUUGCAUAUUUCUGACACUAAACCUUCAAUUUUUGAGAAACCAAGCUUUAAAUUUGAGUUUAGAAGCUCUUGAGGGGUCACUUUAGUGUUUUUAAGGAUUUUUACAGUUUCUGAAGCUAAAUUUACAAUUUCUCCGAUGAAUUUUUGUAAGCUGGACUUUGGAAAAUAGACUAGAACCAUUUUUGGGCAAAUUGGUCCAUUAUAAAGUUAGGAAUUUUUUCGAUUUUACCGAUUUUUGAGGAGUUUCCAAGCAUUUUAUAAAGUUUUUAAAGAGUCUUAUGCUGAGAAUUGCCGAAAAAAGCUUUUAUUUCAACUUUUAUCUCCAUUUUAUUGUCGUAAAGUUUUUUUUUGUUUCCCUUUCCGAAAAAAAGAGUCGGCGACUUUCCCUUUGGAACGUGGGUGAAUGUGUGGAAAAUUGGUUUUUGUUUACUUUCUCUCGUUUUUCUCGAUGGCCGACGAGACAGUUUUGAGCGACUCGUUGAAUCUCCCUCUUUUGUGGCUGUUCGGAUCGAAUCCUUGAAGGAUUUUCUGUGGUUUAAUGGUUUUUGGUCUUUUUUUUGAUGAGUUCUUGAGAUUUUUGUGUGAAAUGAAGAGCAUAAAAAUCAGUGGUUUGAGGCAAACCUAGCUUGAAAAAUGGUUUUUGCCAGGAUUUUGAAGGUGGUUUAGGGAUUUUCGUGCAGCCAAGUUUGCUAUAGAAUCGAUUCCUUGAAGGAUUUUCUGAGAGCCAUUGAUUUUUUGGUCCUUUUUGAACAGUUUUUGAGAUUUUCAUGUGAAAAAAGAACUAAAAAUAGUGGUUUUAAGCGAAAAUUGGCUUGGAAAAAGGUUUUUGUCAGGAUUUGAAGGUGGUUUAGUGAUUUUUGUGUAGCAAAAUUUGAUCUAGAAUCGAUUCCUUGAAGGAUUUUCUGAGAGCCAACGAUUUUUUGGUCCUUUUUGAACAGUUUUUGAGGUGUCCCAUGCGAAAAAAGACUAAAAAUCAGUGGUUUUAGAAAAAAAAAGGCUUGAAAAGGUCUUUCCGCCAGGAUUUUUGAAAUUCUCCAUUAAUUUAUAUCAGUUUAUGAUACCUUUAAGAGAGUUCACGAGGUCUAUAGAUUAAGAAAAAAACCAAAAAAAUCAGCCAUUUAGCCGUGGAGCACAACUUACCCCCAGAAAAAAAGGCCUUUUUUUAGUCUUUUUUUCAAAUAUUUCUGUAUUGAAACCCCCUCUCGAAAUUAAGUUUAAAAAAAAAAAAACCAUUCGUUUGGAUGAUUUCGCCGCGGAGAUUUCAGCCGGAGAUUUGCGUUUAGGGGACCAGUUUCGCUUGAAUCGUUCGAUUUUUCCAGGUCGUUUGAGGAUCCUCCUCAUCUGUGUUUUUUUUUUUUCGUAGUUUGACGAUUUUUUUCAGAGAGUUUUGGUUAGGAAAAAUUGAUGUUAGAAGUUUUUCCUCAUUGACUCAACAAAAAAAAAAUCUGAAAAGCUUUUUUUAAGACCCAAGUGCGCUCCAAUGAGAAUAAAGAAAAUUGAAAGUUAGGUGAACUUUUAGUAUUGUAAUCCGAUUUUAAAAGACCCACCUGUCGACAUUUUUUUUUGUUUGUUGAUCAGAAUGACUUGAUUAUGUAUACUGAUACGGUUGUCGGUUUUGUUUUUCCACUGGUUGGAAUAAUAUUUUUCAUUUCAUUGGCUUUUUUCGGAUUUUUCUGAGUUUUUCUGUAUUUGAAAAGAGCUUUUUUUCCAAUUUUAUGUUGAUUUUGAGUACGUAUUUGUCUUGAAACUCUUUUUUUUCUAAUUUUUCGGUCCAGUCGACACUUUUUAACUACUUUUAAUUGAAUUUUGUGACCGAAAAAGCUUUUUUUGAAGAGUCUGCUCCAAUGAUAAUAUUUGUGCAAAGAGGCGGCCAGCCUUCAAAGGGGACCAAUUUGAAACUUUUUUUGGGCUCCAUUUAUAAAUCGAAUAAUUUUUAUCUCAGUAUUAAUCAAUUUUUCGUAGUUUUUUUCCCAUUUCAAAAAGCUCCUUGAGAAAAAAAUCUGUUCAUUAAAAAAAAUUUUCGACGUAGAAAAUCAAAAGAGCUCUUUUUUUUCCAUUAAGUGACCUCCGUUGAGACCAUUUUGUUAUUUCCUAACGAUUAUGAGUCUCCAGGGAACCUUUAACGCCGUUUUUCAACUAGCAAGUUCGCCCCAAAGAUAGUGUUCCAACUUCCCUUUUUUUAAGAUUUUUUUUUUCGUUUAGAUUUGGUUCUGCUUCUGACGUUCUUCCUCCAGAGGUUUUUUAGCCAAAAAAAAGCUAGGACUGAAAAAAGCCGUUUCUCGCUUGCAAAUGCGCUCCAAUGAUAAUUUUGUUUUUUGUCGUUGGAAAGCAUUGCGAAUAGAACUUUUUCACGUUUUAUAAUGUUUUUCAACGCUUGGGAGAUGCAAUUUUCUCUUUUUUUUUGUUUUGGUUUUGGUUCUGCGGCAGAAGAAAAACGGCAUUUUCUCGGUUGCAUAUGCGCUCUAAUGUUAAUCUUUUUUUGGCUCUGAAAUCUUUUUUUAACUUGAAAAAAAUACUGCGAUUGAAAUUUUUUUCAAGUUUAUUAAUUUUUUUAAAGCUUGGCACAUGCAAUUUUUCGGCUUUAUCUUCAAAAAUUUUUUUCCUGAUCUCAUUUUUUUGAUUUUUUUCCAAAACGUCCCCUCUCGAUUAUUUUAGGUUUCUCUAGAAAAAGCUCUAAAAACAGCUGUUUUUUCAUUGUAAGUGUGCUCCAAUGAUAAUCAUAUUUUUUCCCAACAAAAAGCUCUAAAAACAGCUGUUUUUUCACGUCAAGUGUGCUCCAAUGAUAAUCAUGUUUUUCCCAGCAAAUAGCUCUAAAAAAAGCUGUUUUUUCCAGCGGAAGUGUGCUCCAAUGACAAUUUAGGCUUUACAGGCUUGUAGGAACACUUUUUAACCGGAAUUUUAGACAAAAUGAUUAUUUAUUGUUUUUUUUCAGCGGUAUUAUCUGUUUUAAGUAAGCUCUAAUGAUAAAAAAUAGCUGUUUUCAGGGUUUAAAAGCUUUUUUUUUGCUCCUUCUUGAGUCUUUCUCCAGGUUUAAUCCCCUUUCCCUCGUGGGUAAAACAAGUCAAAUAUUAGCCUCCGAAGUGAACUUGUCACUGAACAUUUGCACACACACAGCACUGGAAAAAAGAACUCAAAUAUUCGGCGUCAAAAAGCCGAAAAGACCGGAUAUACCCCAGGGUUCAUUGGCCUCCUGACAUGCCUUUCAUAGCCCCUCUCUCUUCCUUUUUUAACUUUUUCUCAAUUCAAUUUGCACUGUUUCAAGGGCUCAUUCAAUGGAAUGGACUCGUGCAAAGGAAAUAGCAGAAAAAAAAAGAAGGAAGCCUUUCUGGAAGGUCUUCUUCCUUGUUAUAUUGAUGUUGGAUACGAUUUUUGGAGAUUCUUUGUGACUUUUUGGCUGGAAAAAGUGAGGUUUGAAACUCAGGGACUAUUUGAAAGUUCUCUAGAGGUUUUUCUAGAUUUUUUUAAAAAGCUUUUUUUACAAAUUUUUUCUGGCUUAAAAAAAGCUUCAAAUUCAGUUUUGAGGCUUUAGAAUACUUUUCCUGAAAGUUGUGUCCAUUUUAAAAAAUUUUUUUAAGAUUGCAUGUUUUUUUCUUGAUUUUUUUGAUUAGGAAAGCUCGAAAUUUAAAUUUGAGACCCUUUUUUUAAUUUUUUUCCUUGUUUUUUUAAAAAAAUGUGUUUUUAAGAUUUCAUUUUUUUUUUGAUUUUUUUGACCUGGAACCCUCGAAAUUUCAAAUUUGAGACCCGUUUUAUUUUUUUCUCGUUUUUUUGAAGUUUUUCUAAUUUUUAGAAAGGAUCCUUUUUUUGAGGUUUUGAAAUGAAAUUUGAUGAUUUUUUUCUGCUUUUUUUGGCAGAAAAAUCUAAUUUUUGUUCAUUUUUACUGGUAAAGUUCAAAAUUUGAAGUUUGAGGCAUUGUUGGAAUCUUCCUAGCCAUUAAAAUAGCAGCUUGAAAAUUUUUUAUUUAUUUUUUUUGAUUCAGCAAGCUUUUUUCGACUUUCUCCCCAAAUAAGAUCUUCAAAAUCUCAUUCCCCUAACUCCAAAAUAAUUCAGAUUGUUUUCCAUUUUCGAUAUUAGGAUCGAGAAAACAAGAUUAUUAUUGUUUUCAACUCUUUUUUGGCCGAAAAGUUCCUCGAAAACAAUCCAGAAGAAGCCCUUCAGUGCAGACUUAGUACAUGAAGAUGUUAUUAGAAAAACAAUGACGAAUUAUUUUUUUUGUUUUGAUCCAUUGGCCGGAAAAUAUCGAUUUUUGAGUAAGAAGGGAUUUUUUUGGGUUUCAUUCAAGCUCUAGGCUCUUUUUUCAGAAUCAGAUGCGCUCCAAUGAUGAAUUGAUGCAAUUAAUUUUGAUUUUUUUGGCUCUUUUUUGUCGUCAAAUGCGCUCCAAUGAUAAUUUUGAAAAAAAAACAUUAUUUUUGAUUUUUGGCGCUUUUUUGUCAUCAAAUGCGCUCCAAUGAUAAUGGUUACAUUUUUCAAAAGAUUUUCAGGAUCUUUUUUCGGAAAGCUCUUUUUUGGUCAUCAAAUGCGUUCCAAUAAUAAAGGAAAGCAUUUAUUUCGAUUUUUCGGCUUUUUUUUGUCGUCAAAUAUGCUCCAAUGAGAAAUGAAUGAAAUUUAUUCGAAUUUUUUUGAGAAUUUUUUUCUUCUCAGCUUCUUUUUCGUCGUCAAAUGCGCUCCAAUAAGAAAUGAAUGAAAUUUAUUCGAAUUUUUUUGAAAAAUUUUUUUCACGAAAAAUCUCUUGGCUCUUUUUACAUCAAAUGCGCUCCAUUGAUAAAUACUUUUUUUAAAACAAGUUUUUUUGGAUUUUUUUCUCACUAAAUCUCUUGGAUCUUUUUUUGUGGUCAAAUGUGCUCGAACGGUAAAAAAAUGAUUUUUUUCACCUCAAAAAAUUGAAAAAAAUAUUUUUUUGACCCCCUUGAUUCGAUCCUCUUCAGACGUAGAAUCAGAGUUUUUUUCCAAUUAAUUUCGAAAUUGAGAAAAACAGAAGAUGGCGACUAUCUUUUUUUCCCACAUCUUCUUGUUAUUUCCUCCUCUUCCUCUCGUUUUUUUGAGCCUCUUUAUUUUUCACAUUUUUCUCGUGGCGUUUCACACGAUGUUAUGGCGGCUUUGACAUUUGUGAGGAGAAAAUUUUUCUUUUUUGACCUACUUUUUUUAGUUAAUGUGAAAAAUUCGGCGAGGAAAUGGGAUUCAAAUGCGAAAAAAAAGAUGUUUUUGGAAAUUUUUGAAUAGACUCAAUGCGUUGCGGUCGCGUCGCGGUUCGACUCAAAAUUUUGAGUUAAUGAUAAUUCGGAAAUACUAUUAUGGUUUUCUUAGAAACUUGAAAAAUGAUAUUUUCACAAGUCUAUAGGCCAAAAAUGAAUGGAAAGUUACUAAAAUAUCUAAAAGUGACUAAAAUAUCUAUUACCGGCUGUAAAACAUUGUACUCAAAAUGCCCACCGAGCGCACAAACUUUAAUUUUCGACGGCUAUUUUUUCACAGAUGUUUCCUGUUUCAAUUUCAUCACAAAAACGUUGAAAAAAAACGCGAAAUGAUGACGCGUCAAUAAGAAGAGUCUGAAGUUUAAAAUGUUUUUUUAAAAAAAUGACAAACUUUUUGAUGUAAUUUUUUCAGAUCAUUUGAAAAAAUUUCACAAUUUAGCUUAGAUUGGUGAAAAUCGACAGAAAACCUCUGUGAUUCCAAGAUUUUGAGCUUAAUAAGGUCGAUGAACCGUGGAGCGCAUGAGUCCGAAUUUUCGCGGCCAUUUUUUCACAGUUAGUUUUUGCCUCAAUUGGACUGAGUUGAGUUGAAAAGAGAUGAAAACUGUUUAAAAUUAAAAAAUGAGGCUAUUUGUGUCGAAAAUGAAGAGAUGGGGAUUUUUUUUUGUUUUUGUCGUAGAGCUUGAUCCCCUUGUAGACGGUUCACACUACGUUUUCUGCUCUGCGAUCUCUCGAUUCCCAAGUUUAAUUGGACGACCUCUCAGCUGUGAAUCGGGCCGAAUAUUAUGUUUACGAACCGCUUCGCCGUCUCCAGAUGUUUGUAAAGAAUUUGAAAUUAAUGCGUUUUGAUCCAUUUUGAGUGUUUCCGAACGGAUUUUACAGAAAUUUUGAAUAUUUUCAAGGCUUUGGAAGUUUUUAAGCUUGAUUCUGCAGAAGUUUGGGUAGGAAUUAGGUAUUUUUAUGGAUUUCGAGAGGCUUUUUUUGGCUUAUCAUUUGAAAAAUGAUGCUUUUACAUGAAAGUUAGAAGAUAUUUUAUUUUAAGCUUCGAAAAACGGAAAAAAUUGACCAAAAUUCUUCACUUUCUUGAUUUUUGAAAAGUAAGAGAAGGACUUUUGAAGAUUGUCCUCAAUGAACUAUCAGAAAUUCCCUAAUUUCUCAAUUUUUCACUUUUACCUGAUCAUCUCCGAACUAAUUCCCAUCGAAAAACCGCAUUGGAAUUGUGUUUUCAAAUGAUUCACCCAACUGGUUUCCUUGCCGUUCUCGAUGUUUUUCCCCCCAAACUUUUUAGUUUCUUUUCCUUCUUUUUUACUUCCUUCCUCGAGAAUCUUCAUGUUGGUUUCGUUUCCCUGCAUACCAUUUUUCUUAUUUAUAAGAAAUUUCAUCGAAUUUUCUUCAGAUCUCCCAACCGAUAAAUCCAUAAAAAAAUCCCAUCUUUCGAUGGGUUGGCGGAGCCGUUUCCGUAAGGUGAAAAUGAGGAACAUUUUGAUUUUUUUGAUAAUUUUUUUGAUUUCUAAAUAAAUGUAUGUUUUAGGGUCGCGAUGAGCGCGAAAGGAACCAGUGGGUCAAGGUUUUGGAGUCGGCCAUCCGGGAUUGCAGGUAGAAAUUGAUUUUUUGUAUCUAGGAAAUUUUUAGUGUCCACUAUAGGGUUUUGACGUUUUAGUGGCCACUUAGGGGGUUAAAAAUUAGUGGCCACUAUAGAGGUCUAAGUCUUACUACUAGACCACUAAAAAUUUUAGUGGCCACUUUAGGGGUCAAUGAAUCAGCAUAACUGGUCCAAUCUGUUUGUUUCAAAAUUAUGGCCACUAAAAUUUUCCUUUUCGGAAGUUUUAGACUAGAAAAUGGACUUUUGAGCUUUUUUCAAGGACCAAUACUUGAUUUCAUGAAACUUGAACAUUUGAAAAAAAAUUUUCGAAGCUUUUUCUUAAAAUCCCUUCAUAUUCCAUUUUUUGGGAUCAUGCUAGAGGCUGAACGCUGAAAGUCGAGUUUGAAGUAGGUUUUUGAAGAUUUUAGCGAAAAAUCUGCGGUUUGGCUUAUUUAACCGUAUAAAUGAUGGUGAUAAGAUUUAUUUAUUUCUUUAUUGUCAGAAAAACGCAAAUAAUUAAGAUACAGAUAGAAAGGAAAUAAUAUAACAUUGGACAGACAACAAAGCUAAGAAGGUCAUAUGGUGCCCUAACGAGCAGCAUGGCGACCGUUCGCAAAAGAGAAGAACAAAAAUAAGAUACCCGGCCGAAACUCUAAGAUUUUUUUUUGAAUUUUCAAAAUCGAUUAUAAUCAUUUUUAGCGGAUAUAACCGCCGGCCAAAGACGAAAGAGUCGCCUUUGGAGUCGCUGUCCCAGAAAGUCACCGAAAGCGAACAAUAUUUGGACGUUAUCAUCGAUCAGGUGGGACUUUUCAAUCAUUUUGAUUGAAAAAUAGCCGGUCUACCGUCGAAAAAUGGGUCCUGACAACGUCGGGUGGAGCGCAAAAGGCUGGGGUGUUAUCCAGCCGAUGUAUGGGCUCAAGUUAGAUCUCCAGUUUCCCGCCAAAAAGCCGCGACGCGUACGCAACGCUUAAUCAUUCUUUGAUUGAAAUAUAGCCGAAUCUAAGGUGAGCCAUCGAAAAAUGGGUCCUGACACGAUUUUUUUGAAAAAGGAAGAAAAAAGCGCAUGGUUGGUGGAGAGCCCAGGCAGACCACCCCCCUGUGUCCCAAGCUCAGUGCCUUAUUUUUUUUUGCCCGGGCAGGCCAAGCAUGUCCAAAGCUAGCCACAUGCUUGUACGUCUGGCCUGUUCCAAGUUCAGUGCCUUAUUUUUUUUUUGCCCGGACAGGCCGUGCCUUGCCCCAAGCUAGCCACACGCUUGUACGUUCGACCUGUUCCAGACUCUGUGCCUGUAUUUUUUUUGCCCAAACAGGCCAAGCAUGUCCCAAGCUAGCCACAGGCUUGUACGUCCGGCCUGUCCCAGGCUCUGUGCCUGUAUUUUUUUUGCCCAAACAGGCCAAGCAUGUCCCAAGCUAGCCACAGGCUUGUACGUCCGGCCUGUCCCAGGCUCUGUGCCUUAUUUUUUUUUUUGCCCGAACAGACCAAGCAUGUCCCAAGCUAGCCACAGGCUUGUACGUCUGGCCUGUUCCAAGUUCAGUGCCUUAUUUUUUUUUUGCCCGGACAGGCCGUGCCUUGCCCCAAGCUAGCCACAGGCUUGUACGUUCGACCUGUUCCAGACUCUGUGCCUGUAUUUUUUUUGCCCAAACAGGCCAAGCAUGUCCCAAGCUAGCCACAGGCUUGUACGUCCGGCCUGUCCCAGGCUCUGUGCCUUAUUUUUUUUUUUGCCCGAACAGACCAAGCAUGUCCCAAGCUAGCCACAGGCUUGUACGUCUGGCCUGUUCCAAGUUCAGUGCCUUAUUUUUUUUUGCCCGGACAGGCCGUGCCUUGCCCCAAGCUAGCCACAGGCUUGUACGUUCGGUCUGUACCAGGCUCUGUGGUUUUUGCGAAAAAAACCUGGCUCAGCCCCAUUGAAAAAAAUGUUUAAUCCUAACUCGAAAUUUUAACCGAAAAAAAUAUUUUUACCGGCUGAAUUUCUGUUGAAAUAAAAGAACCAAAAACGAAAUUUUGUCGUAGAAAGACCUGGUAAUAGACUAGAAAAAUUGACGCUUUUUGGGACGGGUGGGCCUUAGAAAAUAGCCGGGGGAGAGGGCGAUAGGCUGACGGGCCCUGGCUAGCCCGUGAAACAGCUGUGAACAGUUGUAUCAUCCAUUAUUUUGCGAAAAACUCGGUAUUUUCUGAAUUUUUCCAGGUCAAAGAACUCGAAGCGGCCCGCGACCUGGCCUCCAGUGAAAAUCGCAAAAAUAUCGACGCGAUCUUGGCGUCGACCAAUAAUCUGCUCAGAACCGUUCAGCAUGCCAUUAUUUUCCUCAAGGUCCUUUUUUGUAUCGUAGAUUUUUCUUUAAGUCAAUUAUUUAUAAAAAAGAGCUAUUUUCGAGAAAAUUUCGAUAGGAGUAACCAUCAGAAAGGGGAAAUUUACGGGGAAAUGCAUUUUUUAAAAAGUAAAGUUUGAAGUUUUGUACAUUUUUUUCUUAUGUCGAAAAAAAUAAUUAAUAGCAAUUUACGUGACCUUUUAUCAUUUCCUGAAGCCUUCAAAGCUCAAAGUCAUGUGUUUCGGUUCAAAAAGGGUGGGUUUUUAUGAAAAUUGUGGAGUUAGAGUUGAAUAAAAAUAAUUUCAAGAUGGCCCGGAAAAAGAUCGACUCGAAUGGGAAUACGAGUGGAAGCGAGGAAGUCGGGAAAAUUAAGGAAUCGACAGGUAAUUUUUGGGUUUCAGGUAAAAAAAGACAGAUUUUUUUUUGAGGCGUAAUUUGAUGCUUAUCGAACGAAAUUGGAAAGAAAUAUAUAUUUCCAUUUUUCAAGUUUCCAGCAAAAAAAUAAUAUUUUUUUCAGCAACUUCCCCUCCAUCUACGCUCAAAUUGACUGAGGAAAUUGCUGAUGGGGUGAGUUUGGAAUUGAAAUAAUUUCAUUUUGUAGAAAAUUGAAUGAAAAUUAACCUUGAAAGGAUCAUAAAAGCAUUGAGAAUGGCUAGAAGAGUUCACAGAAAAAUUUGCUUUUAUAAAAAUUUCGUAGCUUGAAGCCAAGCCAAAGCCCCGACACGUUUAGCCAUUCCCAAUGCGGUCAAGGAGAUUUUCUUUGUAGAGAAUCGGCCUGAAAAACGGUUCGAGAAGACGUAUUUAUGUACUAAAAAAAGAGAGAAAAUCGCUUUGCCGCAUGUGGAAUGGCUAAAAGUGCGUCCGACUGCGAAACGGCUUCCGCCUGGCUGUAUUCCAGAACAAUAGAUUAAGCCGCAGCGCAACCGCGACGCGUUAGGCCAUUCCCAAUGCGACCAAGGAACUUUUAUUUGAAGAGAAUCGACCUGAAAAACGGCUCGAUUUGAUGUAAGUUUGAGUAGACGCAGUUAUGUACUAAAAACGAGAAAAAAUCCUUUGCCCGCAUUUGGAAUGGCUAAAGGGCGUCCGACCGCGGAACGGCUUCCGCUUGGCUGUACUUCAAAACAAUAAGUUAAGCCGCAGCGCAACCGCGACGCGUUAAGCCAUUCUCAGUGCGACCAUGAGUUUUCAGCUUUGUUAGAGGUGAAAAUUUAAGGCGAAAGGGUUUUUUCUUCUAACAGUUGAUAAGUACAAAAAGACGUAUUUAUGUAAUGAAAACGAUAGAAAAUAGCUUUGUCCGCAUUCGGAAUGGCUAAGAGUGCGUCCGACCGCAAAACGGCUUCCGCGUGGCUGUAUUGGUAUGCAGAGGGUUAAGCCGCAGCGCAACCGUGACGCGUUAAGCCAUUCCCAGUGCGCCCAGAUAUCUUUUAUUUGAAGAGAAUCGGCCUGAAAACUUGUUCAAUUUGAUGAAAAUUCAAGAAGACGUAUUCAUGUACUAAAAAGAAAGAGAAAUAGCUUUGUCCGCAUUUGGAAUGGCUAAAAUGCAUCCGAAUGGCUGAAUUUUUGAGCAGAAGAUUGAGCCGCAGCGCAGCCGCGACGCGUUAGGCCAUUCUUAGUGCGCCCAGAUAUCUUUUAUUUAAAGAGAAUCGGCCUGAAAACUUGCUCAAUUUGAUGAAAAUUCAAGAAGACGUAUUCAUGUACUAAAAAGAAAGAGAAAUAGCUUUGUCCGCAUUUGGAAUGGCUAAAAUGCAUCCGAAUGGCUGAAUUUUUGAGCAGAAGAUUGAGCCGCAGCGCAGCCGCGACGCGUUAGGCCAUUCUUAGUGCGCCCAGAUAUCUUUUAUUUAAAGAGAAUCGGCCUGAAAACUUGCUCAAUUUGAUGAAAAUUCAAGAAGACGUAUUCAUGUACUAAAAAGAAAGAGAAAAUAGCUUUGUCCGCAUUUGGAUUAACUUAAUUUUUAACAUGAAAAUAAGAAAAGUAUCAAAAAAUCCUCGAUUUUCUUCAAUUUAUCUUGAUUUUUCAUCAACAGCUCCCUGAAAGUAACUCGAUUUCCCAGGGGUCCAAUUAAUUCUGCAAUUUUCCUGCCUUUUCAAUCUUUUUUUUUCAAUCAGAUUAAUUUUUUUUUUUUGCCUCCCCGUUUCCUUGUUCAAUUUUCUGGUUUAUAAAUAGAAACGCGUGAAAUGUCUGAGAUUGGGUUGUAAAGGCGGAAUGGGUAGAAACGCCGUGUUUUUGGAGCUAUUUUCGGAUUUUGCUACGUUUCUUUUUUGGUCUUUUUUCUGGAAAUGAUUUUUUUUUUCCGUUCAAGAUUUUCCGGAAUGAGUAAGACGAUUUUUAAAACUUAAAAAAUGAUUUUUAGCUAGUCUUGGAACGAAUUUUAGUGAUGAAGAGGCUAUUUUUUGUGUUUUAUUGACCUUUCAAUCAUGGAAGAAUGAAAAAUUUCCAUUUUGAGCCUUUUUUGAUGAAAUACAGAUUUUUCAAGUUCUGGUUCUUCACAAUUUUGAUAAUUUUUCAUCUUAUCCAUUGAGAAAAAUGGAACUUUCCUUAUAAAGAACAAUUAGAAUGGCUCGACGCGUCGCGGCUGCGAUGCGGUCGCUUUAAAAUGCCCCCGACCCGCACCUACUUACGCCAAGGAGCAUCAUAAAACAUAAUGACGUAUCAAAGAAGAAAAAGAAAAAAAACUCAUAUUCGAGCGAAAAUAAUGAGAUGAGAAGGAAUGAAUAUUAUAGAACGGCGAAACUUUUUUUUUUUCCCGCCAUCCCCCCGCUGGUCUUUUUUGAUUCGCGUUGCCAGUUUCUCAAAUUGCUUCUCUUUUCCUAUCCCUCUAGCAAAAUAUGGAUUCUCAGUUUUUGUUGAUGGAAAGAGAAAGAAAAAAAGUCCAAAUAUCCCAUGAUUCGAGCCUAUUUUUGUCCUUUUCCGCACUGGUUCUGCUUUUUUUGUUCUUUAGUGAGAAAUGGCUGAUUUUUUGGAAAAUUUUCCUGUUUAUAUUAUUUUUCAGUUUUGAUAUGUCCUUUACCUUGAGGAUCUUUUAAACUCUAUCUGAAAUGAAAAAUCUUAUUUUAAGCACUUGGCAUAAUUUUUGAACUUUUGAAAGUUCGCUUUGAGACUUUUCUGAAACAUCGGCUUGAAUAGGACCUAAAAGUUAUAAUUUUUGAGAAAUUGUUCGUGGAAAACCAGUUUUUAGCCAAAUUUAAAACGCAUUUUUCUAUGAGAACCUUUUUUCCACUGAUCGAAAAAGCGGAAAAUUUUGAAAAAAUCGUGUUUUAGUUGAUUUUGAACGGAAAUUUGGGGAAUUUUGAGAUUUUUCUGAAACAUCGGCUUGAAAAUAACCUAAAAGUUAUGCAUUUCCGAAGUUUUUUCAUUGAAAAAAACCAGUUUUUUUAGCCAAUUAAUAGACUCAUGAAAAUAUUUUUUUCCACUGAUAUCAAAAAAAGAAAUUUCAAGAAAAUCGGUUUUUUUAAAAGAUUUUGAACGGAAAUUUGUGAACUUUUUGAGAUUUUUUUCUGAAGCUCCGGCUUGAAAAGAACCUAAAAAGUUAUGCAUUUCCGAAGUUUUUUUAAUUGAAAAAAACCAAUUUUUUUCGACGAGAAUUUUACUCUUUUUAAAGUUUUUGAAAAGGAAUUUUUUUGAAAAUAAUAUUUUUUUCAUGGAAUUCUAAACAGAAAUCUGUAAAAUUUUUGAGAUUUUUUUGUGAAGCUUCGGCUUGAAAAAGAAUCCGAAAAAAACAUAAAUUUUUCAAAGUUUUAUCGUUGAAAAAAAUUUUUUUAAACAAGCAUUUUUUUCUUGUUUCAAUGGCAUCACACAGAAAAAUUUGAGGAAUAACAUUUUUUUCAGAUGAUUUUGAAUAGAAAUUUGUGAACUUUUUGAGAUUUUUUUCUGAACCUUUAAAAAAACAUAAAAGUUAUGCAUUUUUCAAAGUUUUUUUCAUUGAAAAACCCAGUUUUUUUAGCCAAAUUUAAAACGCAUUUUUUUCUAUGAGAACCUUUUUUUCCACUGAUCGAAAAAAAGCGGAAAAAUUUUUGAAAAAAAUCGUGUUUUAGUUGAUUUUGAACGGAAAUUUGGGAAAUUUUGAGAUUUUUCUGAAACAACGGCUUGAAAAUAACCUAAAAGUUAUGCAUUUCCGAAGUUUUUUCAUUGAAAAACCAGUUUUUUUAGCCAAUUAAUAGACUCAUUUUUUGAAAAUAUUUUUUUCAACUGAUAUCAAAAAAAGAAAAAAAUCGAGAAAUAUCAUUUUUUUCAGAUGAUUUUGAACGGAAAUUUGUGAACUGUUGAGAUUUUUGUGAAGCUCCGGCUUGGAAAGAAUCCGAAAAAUAUGGCAUUUUCCUAGCAUAACGUUUGGUAACGAUUUCAAAGAAAACAAAUCCUUUUUUGAAUUUUGAACGAAAAUUUGUAAACUAUUGAGCUUUUUGUUCAAAAUUCUACCAGAAAUUCCGCAAAACUGACAUUAUUUUCAAUUUUCCAAAAAUGGAUUUCUUAAACUUUCUUUCACAAAAAGAGCUUAUUGGAAAAGCUAAUAUGCAAUUUUUUUUUCGGAUCAUGUUCAAUAACUAACCGCGUUUGAAGCCGCUGCCUUUUUUAUACGGCACUUGAAACAUAAUGUGUGCUGGGCCGACGUUUAGAUCGAAAAAAGACGUCAUUUUCUUUGCGAAUAUGGGCUUUUUUCGUUUCAAAACCACUGAAUUUUCAGCCAACGACCCACGCUUCAACUUCCUCAACACCGGACAGCAAAGAUGAAAGGGCGCUCAAAAAUAUGAAACUUCAUCCGGUCUCCUAUUCGAGGUAUAAUCAUUUCAAACAAAAAAAUGAUAAUAGGAAUAACCCGGAAAAAAAUUUAUCAUCAUAACAAAGUAAAAAAAUGAAAAAUUUAAGAAACAACAGAAAUAAAUAG